CAGUCUUUGCCUGAAUCAAUACGUGACAAACAUGAGGUGUCUGUCUCACCUCCAAGACACCUCAACUCACCCCUUCCACCAGUGACACCCUGCAGCUCCCCAGACGCAAUCUGAGACUGGAUGCAGCCUAUCGAUUUUACCGCUCACGGUGUGAAGAUGAUUCUGCUAGACGAAGAGGGAAGAUUCAAAGCAAAAACAAGAUCAAACGAAAGCACGAAAACGUAAUUAGGGUGAGAUAU